GAGGUGGAGGAGGAGAAGAAGAAGAGGCCCCGCCUACUCAACAUGGCGACUUAGAGAAGACACUCCACGCUCGUUUGUUGACAUAUACUCAAAAAAAAGCUUAUGCUAUAUUAGCAGAAUUACAAUUAAUAAAACUAUGUCGAGACUCAUCGUUAAAAAUCUCCCGAAUGGGAUGAAGGAGGAGAGGUUCAAGUCGAUGUUUGCUGCCUUUGGCACCGUGACAGACUGCUCUCUGAAGUUUACUAAGGACGGCAAGUUCCGCAAAUUUGGUUUCGUGGGUUUUAAAGCCGAGGAAGAUGCGACUAAGGCUCUGAAACAUUUCAACAAGAGCUUCGUGGACACAUCGAGAGUGACGGUGGAGAUGUGUAAGGCCUUUGGAGACCCCACUAAAGCAAAAGGCUGGAGCAAACAUAGCCAGAGCUCAGGCCCGGACAAACCCUCCACGCCUGCUGACACUGACAGCAAAAAGAAAAAGAAACAGAAAAAGGAAUCCAACAGCACACUUGGAAAGCUGGAAGAAGACCAGGGAUUCAAGGAGUUUCUGUCAGUACAUCAGAACCGAGGCCAAGCACCAACCUGGGCCAAUGAUGCCAUGCAGCAAACAGGUGAUCCUGACGGUGGACGAACAAAAAGUCAAAGCAAGAAGAAGCUUCCUUCAGACGAUUACCUCAACUUCGAUUCAGACGAGUCAGAAUUUGAGGAUGAGGAAGAAGAACAUGUUGGCGAUGAUGAUGAUGAUGAUGAAGAUGAAGGUGCUACUAAAGAAGCGCUGAAGUCGGGCUUGUCAGAUAUGGAGUACCUGCGCUCAAAGGUGGCACAGACAGACAACAUAAUGGAAGAGAGCGAAGAGAAGGACGAUGAUGGUGAAGGUGGAGAUGAUGAAGGUGAUGAUGAAGGUCCUGUACAGCACACAGACAGCGCCUAUGAGAGCGGUGACAGAGAAAACACGUCAAAGACUAAAACUUUAGUUUCCUCUGACAAAAAGACGCAGAGCAAAGUGAAGAAAAGUGCCAAGCAGGAGAUGGAGCCGGCGACAGAGUUCACUGUGAAGCUGAGAGGAGUCCCAUUCAGUGUUAAAGAGCAACAAAUUCGGGAGUUCAUGACCCCGCUGAAGCCUGCUGCAGUCCGGAUUGGAAAGAAUGAAAGCGGAAAUAGAACAGGUUAUGUGUAUGUGGACUUGUACUCUGAGGAACAGGUGGAGAAGGCCUUAAAGAAGAAUAAAGACUACAUAGGUGGGCGUUACAUUGAGGUCUUUCGCGUGGAUGCCUCGGCAGUUAAGGGCAAGAGAGACCGAAAGGACAAAGAGAUCGACAGAAACUUCACCAGGAAGCUCAAAGAGGACGAGGAGGAGGAAGAUGUUGCAGAGUCUGGUCGACUCUUCGUCAGAAACCUUCCUUACACCUGCACUGAGGAGGAGAUCAAAGAGCUUUUUGCUAAACAUGGUCCUUUAUCUGAGGUACACUUUCCUAUUGACAAUCUCACCAAGAAACCUAAAGGGUUCGCUUUCAUAACCUACAUGAUACCUGAGAAUGCUGUGACGGCUCUGGCUCAGAUGGACGGAUGUAUAUUUCAGGGUAGGAUGCUUCACCUGCUUCCCUCCACAGUGAAGAAGGAAAAGACAGACUCUUCGGAGGCUGGUGGUCCUGGCUCUUCGUCAUACAAACGGCAAAAAGAUGCAAAGAAUAAAGCUUCAAGUUCCAGUUCCCACAACUGGAACACCCUGUUUGUGGGCACAAGUGCAGUGGCAGAUGCCAUUGCUGAAAAAUACAACACCACAAAAAGCCAAGUCCUGGACCACGAGUCAAAGGGGAGCGUUGCUGUGCGGAUGGCUCUGGGAGAGACGCAGAUUGUUCAGGAGACUCGACAGUUUCUACUAGACAACAGUGUCAGUCUGGAUUCCUUUAGUCAGGCGGCAGCACCGAGGAGCACAACUGUGAUCCUGGUGAAAAACCUUCCAGCUGGAGUGACGGUGUCAGAGUUGGAGGAGCUCUUCUCACCUCAUGGCUCUUUGGGUCGAGUGCUACUGCCGCCCUCGGGACUCACCGCCAUCGUCGAGUUCCUCGAGCCAACUGAGGCAAAACGAGCCUUCACUCGGCUGGCGUACAGCAAGUUUCAACACAUCCCGUUGUAUUUGGAGUGGGCCCCUGUGGGAGUGUUUGUUGCAGCAAAACCUGAACCAGUAUUAGAAAAGGAAGAAAUGGUGAAAGAGGAGAAGAAGAAGGAAGUGAACGAAGAAGAGGAAGAGGAGGAAGAAUCUGUUCCUGGUUCGACACUUUUCAUUAAGAAUCUUAAUUUCAGCACAACAGAGGAGAAACUACAGGAGACAUUCUCCAAAUGUGGGAAGGUCAAGUCCUGCUCCAUCUCCAAGAAGAAAGAUAAAACAGGCAAACUGUUGUCCAUGGGUUACGGGUUUGUCCAGUAUCAGACAGCAGAGGCAGCACAGAAAGCUUUGAGGCAGCUACAGCACUGUACUGUGGAUGAUCACCAAUUGGAGCUGAAGAUUUCUGAGAGAGCAACAAGGACGACUGAGGUGUCACGCAAGAAGAAGCAAGUUGAGAAGAAACAGAUGGGAUCCAAAAUCCUUGUGCGCAACAUCCCCUUCCAAGCCACUGUCAAGGAAAUUCGGGAACUCUUCUGUACAUUUGGAGAACUGAAGACAGUCCGUCUUCCAAAGAAAGCGGCAGGUUCAGGGACUCAUCGAGGCUUUGGCUUUGUUGACUUCCUCACCAAGCAGGACGCCAAGAAAGCUUUUGCUGCGCUGUGCCACAGCACCCAUCUGUACGGGAGGCGCCUGGUGCUGGAGUGGGCCGAUGCUGAGGAAACAGUAGAGACACUGAGACGGAAAACAGCCGAACAUUUUCAUGUGGCCGCCAAGAAGCAGCGAAAGGCAGAGGUUUUGGAGGGCAUUCUGGAUAUGAUGGAAACUGACGGGGUUGCGGACAGCUGACUUCCCUAAACUUCUGUUGUGUCUGUCGAAGCCUUGAUACAGUUUUGAUCAGCGUUCCUGUGUUUCUCUGUAUAAGCAGGACUGUGAACGAAAGGAGAACCAGAGUGAGAACAGGAAGACUGAGGAACAAAUUGUCAUGAACUUAUGAACUGGUUGAAGUUUUGUGAAAGUUUGAAAAACGCAGAUAUCUUACAUUACACAGGUUUUGUACAGAGUGAUGCCUCAAGGAGAGAUGAUUUGACUGAUAUUAAUUUUUGUAUAAAAUUUUAUGUCAUGCUUUUAAAGCUG